AUGAGUCCUUCACCUCAACCAUCACCGCUGCUUGGUGCUGGUCGAUCCGAGAGACAUCACUCUUAUUCACCUGCCCCUCAGCCUCACAUUACGGUAUCGAAAAGGGACCGUAAGCGUUCCCUUCUAAGAGACUCAUAUUCCACCAUGGAGGACAGUUUUUCUGCCAACAGAGACAGUUACUACAGACUUCACCUCCAGACACUCCAAAUCGAUAUGAACCUUAUCGGUGCGGCUGAUCCGUACGAUACCUGUCUACUGCCAAAUGACCCGGCCGAAAUUGACAAACUGGUCCGAGAAAGCCUUCAAGAUAACAAAAUGACACCAAUUGGACCAAAUCCACCUCAUAGAGCCGGCCGCAUCUAUGCCGAAUUCGCUCAAGAGUGCAACGAUGCUAUGGAGGAAAGAGAUGCCGCACUAGCAACUCUCCAUCGAAAUAUCUCCGUAAAAAUGAACGAAAUACAGUCCACUUACAACUAUUACCAAAGGCUAGCUCACAACGAGCAUAAGGCCCUGAGAACUACUCUGCGUGAUCGACUCAUUAACAGCAUCACUUCCAAGAAAGCACGGCUUACCAAGGAGAAAGAAAUGGAUAUUAGCGACACUACAGCUAUGCUCUUACAUCCUAGUCAAUUUGCCAUUGCCAACCCCACGAGUCCAGGUGGUAUGCAUGGCAAGCGAGCUACAAGGCUUCGGCGAGAAGCUGAGGAUGUACCAGCUUAUGUUGAGAAUCAGAAACGAAAACGUAAGGCACCCGAACGUGAAGAGUCUCCUGCACAAGCAUGGCAGCGUUGGGAUACAAGUGCCGGAGCACCGUCCUGGCUCGCUGAGAAGAACCAGCUCUUGGCCACGCAGGUUGAAGCGCCACUCUAUAGCGUAGAGAAGCUUUUUACGGAAAAAGAAUUGGCUAUGACAUAUAAUGCCGCCGCCUUGGCCGCCCAUUCGUAUAUUGUGCGCCACCACGAGACCGACAGCCCGGUGCCCGACGCCUCAAUUCAUUCCUCAGAUGGUGAUAAGUCUGCUGAGGCGGCCGACUCAUCGGCGCCCGAUGAGGUACCUCAAGAGCGCCCACCAUCUCAUGUGACAAGAUCAACACGGGGCACGUUUGUAUCUGGCCUAGGAAUUGAUGCGUUUGAUGACGUAACCUCGAUGGCAAAUUUGAAUGCCCUCACCCGCCAAAUCCCUAAACUUCCGCCACUGCUUGCACAGAUGGGCACGCGAAGUUCCGUGGUCAAGACCGAAUCGGCACCCCCAGCUGCUGGCCUCUCGCCGGAUGAUCUUGUCAGUGAGAUGGAGCUGAUUCGUCGUGCCAAGCAAGUGAACGACCAGCGCGGACUCGGGCGCAAUUUAGAUACAGAUGAGCAUGCACUACGCCUUCUGAGUGAGGCAGCUUUCCCCAAGGACGGACGCGGACGGGAGCGUUGGGUUGCGAGUGAAAAUAAAGAUAAUUUACCAGUGGUGCCAAAGGCGGGACGAGGGCGCGAGCUAGGUGGCGAAGCGAUGAGUAAACAAAGUUCAAGAGCCUAA